AAGCAUCUUUGGUUUGAAGGCGCGAGUGGCGCCAGAUCCCUGGGCGGGAGCGAGGGAGAGGGAGCGCGCGCUCCUGGCCCGGGACCACCCUGCACCAAUGCAGCAGUGAACUAACCGACGCCCAGGCCCGAGUGGCCGACUAUAACACUAAGGGAGCCAUGGCAACGCGCCAGACUAAUGGAUUGAAAGAUUCCCAAAAGGUUUUAGAUUACACUACAUUGAAUCAUACAGUUGAGGAGAUAAAAGCUUUUCUCAUUAAUGAAGAUGAGUUGCACCAGUUUAAUGAUCUCACCAAAGUCAAUCCAGUAACAACUGCCACAGUUUUAAGAUGUCUCCAAGCAAGAUAUGCAGCUGGUGUAUUUUACACUAAUGCAGGUUGUACACUAGUGGCUCUAAAUCCAUUCCAGCGUGUGCCUAACUUGUAUUCCUCUGAGGUCAUGAAAGAAUACCACCAUGUGUCCCAACCGCAGGAAUUGAAGCCUCACAUCUUCACGGUAGCUGAACAAGCCUUCAGGAAUGUACAGAGCCACAUUGAACCAAUUAACCAGUCACUGAUAGUUAGUGGAGAGAGUGGUGCUGGAAAGACGUGGACAUCUCGAUGCCUUAUGAAUUACUUUGCUACAGUUGCUGCCUCAUCCACCUCUGUAAAGUGCCAAGAAAAUGUGGAACGGAUAGAAAAGAGAGUACUUGACUCCAAUCCAGUGAUGGAGGCAUUUGGAAAUGCUUCCACUUUAAGGAAUCACAACAGUAGCCGAUUUGGAAAAUACAUCCAACUCCAAUUAAACAGAUGCCAGCAGCUGCAGGGAGCUUCUGUGCAAACUUACCUGUUGGAGAAAACACGAGUUGCCUAUCAAGCUCCUUCUGAAAGAAAUUUUCACAUUUUUUAUCAGAUAGUGAAAGGAGCGACUGAGGAACAGAAAUCGGAGUGGGGUCUUCAUGAAGCAGCAGAAUUCUUCUGGUUACCAAACGCUGAGAAUACUUUAGAAGAGGACCAGUUCGAUGAAACCAAAAAUGCAAUGCUACAUUUGGGUGUUGAUCAUGCCACCCAACAUCAAGUGUUCACGAUUCUCGUUGGCCUUCUGCAUCUCGGCAAUGUGCAGUUCAGCUCUCCAAUGGAUGAGUCUUAUCCUUGUGAUCUCAAAGCAGAAGCUAAAAACUUUCUCGCAACCACUGCAAAUCUACUGAAAAUUUCUGAGGAGGACCUUUUGGAACAGAUAAGAAUUCGGACUAUAAAAGCAGGCAAACAGCAUCAGAUCUUUAAAAAACCAUGCUCUAAAAUGGAAUGUGAGACAAGAAGAGACUGUGUGGCAAAAGUUAUCUAUGCAAAACUGUUUGACUGGCUGGUAAAAGUUAUAAAUGGCUCUGUUUGCUCGCAUUCUUUCGGAUGGACCAAUUUUAUAGGUCUACUGGAUGUAUAUGGAUUUGAGUCAUUUCCACAAAAUAACCUGGAGCAGCUUUGUAUUAACUAUGCAAAUGAGAAGCUCCAGCAGCACUUUGUUCGACACUAUCUCAAGGCACAGCAGGAGGAAUAUACCUCAGAGGGUCUAGAGUGGUCCUUCAUCAGUUACCAAGAUAACCAGAGCUGUUUGGAUCUGAUUGAGGGGAAUCCCACCAGCAUCUUUUCCCUUUUAAAUGAGGAGAGCCGCCUUAACCGAAAUUCAGAUGAAAACCUAUUUAAAACCCGCCUACAGACAACUUUAGCUAAGAACCAUUGUAUCAGCUGGGAUGUGUUCAGUAAGGUUCCGAACUUCAUUGUUGCUCAUUAUGCAGGAAAGGUCAACUACCAGAUUGAAGGAAUGGUGGAGAAAAACAAGGAUCCUGUGCCACCAGAGCUGAUGCAGUUGUUGCAGACAUCCCGGGAUGUCCUACUGAUGGAGCUAUUUCCCAUCGAAGAGAAAGCACACAAUGACACUAAAGUGCAGAACAAAGCUGUUACUGUGGUCUCUAAAUUUAAGGGUUCACUAGAGAGCCUCAUGCGUAUUUUGAACAGCACUACACCUCACUACAUCAGAUGCAUAAAGCCAAAUAUGGAUUGCAAGCCUCGUCUUUUCACGUCACAGGAGAUUUUCACCCAGCUGGAAGCCUGUGGUUUAGUUGAAACAGUUAACAUAAGUGCAGCUGGGUUCCCCAUUAGGGUCCCAUGCCAGCAUUUUCUGGAACGAUAUGGACUGUUAGGAAAAUAUGGCCCAAUUAAUUUACCAAGUCCAGCCAGCGUUAAUGGAUGCUUUUCAACAAAAAAAGGGAAAGGUUCAUUAUCAACAGAUGGCAGCAGUGAGACUUUGCAGCCCGCUGUGCAGGACAUUCUCUCUCAUGUAUUAGACGGUCAAAGUAUUGUAUCGUCAUUCCAUAACCCAGCUGCGAACCAGUUUCGUUGCUCAAUAGUGCACUGUGGCAAAACAAAAUUAUUCAUGACUCAUGGUAUGCUUGAACUGCUUGAAAGUGCAAGAAAUCAAACACUUGACAAGAAGGCGCUUUGUAUUCAAUAUAGCUGGCGCAGAUACCGCCAGAGAAAAUUAGCACGAUCAAGACGGGCAGCAACCCUCAUUCAAGCAGCUAUUAGAUCAUGGUUGACCAGACAGUGGAUUAAGAAACUCAAUCAUGCUGCCAUUGUGCUACAAAGAGCAUGGAAAGCCUGGAAGAUUAAAAUGGAAACCUUGGCAGAUGAUGAGUUGGAUGAUACAUCAUACUUUAAAGAAAUAGAAUUGAUUCCAGGUUCUCCUAAGUGCUCAUCUUUAUUUCUCCCACUACGUGCGUCACCAAAUAAGCAGUCUCAAUCAAUUUGUGUUGAAAAUCUAAACCCGUGCUCUUGGCCUCUGGGUCUGACACUGUCAUCUUUUUGCAUUACUACAAUGACUCCAUCUGCAUAUGAAAUUCUUAAGGCUUUUGCUCGACUGGCAAUCUUGAAGUUGAAGUGGAGAAAUAACCAUAAAUUAAAGCAUACUCGGUCUCAUCGGGGCAUUGCUUCCAUUAGAGCAUUACCUGAGGUUCAAGUAAAGUUCCACUGUAAACGAUCUCCACUGCUUUUUGCUGACACUUAUCCAGAACAUCAAAAGUGCAUGAUCAUUGGCUUUAACCAGAUCUUAUUGGAAAAGGUGUAAAGUUAAUCAUUUUAUCAACAUACCUUGCCCCCAUUGUCUACUUAACAGUGUAUAUAUGGAACCUUGUAAACACAUGCCUCCUUGUAAAAAAAUCAGUACGCUUCUGAUAAUGAUAGCAGUCAUAAAAAGAAAAGUUGAUCAACCCUUGAUCAAAUUAACUCAAAUAUAAAGUUUGGGCAAAAUGCAUUUGUAAUGCAAGAGCACAGAUUUGUAUUUGCACUGUUCUGAUUUCAUGUUUAAUGAACGUUACAUAAAUUUUAUUUAGUGAAAUGUCAAUGUAAUAUUUGUUCAACAAAAAUAUUUUUUUCAAGAAAACAAAAUAGGAUUAUUUGCACUAGGAUUGUUACAAAAAAUUAUUUGUGAAGAGCAUUUCAUACCGUACAGUGCAUCACACUACAUUUAUUAAGUCCAUGGUUAUUUUUCUUUCCUCAUGAGAAAUUAAUCCAACCUAUCAUUUCAUUAAUACUUGCAUUUUUAUGUUAAAUUUGAUUGUACACAAAAUAACUGCCAUCAAUACAACAUGCAUCUGAACAAAAAAGGUACAAAUUGGUAUUUAGCUCCACGAGUUAAGAAUUAUUUAAGUUUUUUGCUGUGCAGGGAAUCUCUAGGUAACAUGCAGCUUUUCAAGCUUCUGCACUAAAAUACUUUCUCAUGAUUUUGUUUGCUUAAAUAUUUUAUGAACAUAUUUUGUUUAACAUUAACAUUCUAACAUUAAGAUGUUAGCAAAACAGCACUGACUGUUUUGCU